GAGAAAAAUGAAGGGGCUGCUGGUUCUGACGGCGUUGUUUGUGGCGGUUUUUGGCCGGGAGAAUUUUGUUGGGCAUCAGGUUCUUCGAAUCCAACCGACCAAUGAGGAGCAGAUCUCUGUCUUGAGGAGCCUGGCUGAAAAGCAUGAUCUCGGGCUGGAUUUCUGGACUGAACCUGUCAGUGUGACUAAGCCUGUUGAUGUACGCAUUCCAUUCAAAGUCCUGCAGCCUAUUAAGAUCUUCCUGUUGGAGAAUGACAUCCAGUACUCCAUUAUGAUCCAGGAUCUGCAGGAUCUGUUGGACGAGGAAGAGCGGGUGAUGAAAACCCGUUCUGCCCAGCCCAGAAACACAGAUGGCUAUGACUACGCCAACUACCACACCCUGAAUGAGAUCAACAGUUUCAUUGACAUGCUGGUGGCUGAAAACCCAAACCUGGUCAGCAAGAUUGUGAUUGGCCAGAGCUAUGAGGGCCGUCCCUUGAAUGUUCUGAAGUUCAGCACUGGCGCUAACCGUCCUGGCAUCUGGAUCGACACUGGUAUCCACUCCAGGGAAUGGGUCACUCAGGCCAGCGGAACCUGGUUUGCCAAAAAGAUCGUGACUGAUUAUGGACGUGAUCCCGCUCUUACCGCCAUCCUCAAUAAAAUGGACAUCUUCCUGGAGAUCGUCACCAACCCUGAUGGCUAUGCAUACACCCACACUAGUAACCGUAUGUGGCGUAAGACAAGGAAGCCGAACUCUGGGUAUUCUUGCGUAGGAGUGGAUCCCAACAGGAACUGGGAUGCUGGCUUUGGAGGUGCUGGUGCCAGUGGCUACCCUUGCUCUGAGACCUAUCGUGGACCCUAUGCUAACUCUGAGUCUGAGGUCAAGUCCAUUGUGGACUUUGUGAAGUCUCAUGGCAACCUCAAGGCCUUCGUGUCCAUCCACAGCUACUCCCAGAUGCUCCUCUAUCCUUACGGAUACACAUCAACUCCUUGCAAGGACCAGAGUGAGCUGCAUGCACUCGCCAAGAAGGCCAUCACUGAUCUUGCCUCUCUGUAUGGUACCCAAUACACAUACGGAAGCAUCAUUAACACCAUCUACCAAGCCAGUGGUGGUACCAUUGACUGGACCUACAACCAGGGUAUCAAGUACUCCUACACCUUUGAGCUGAGAGACACUGGUCGCUAUGGUUUCGCCCUGCCAGCCAAUCAGAUCAUCCCCACUGCUCAGGAGACCUGGCUGGCUCUAAUGGCUAUCAUGCAGCACACCUACAACAACCCUUACUAA